AUGAAUACCUCUGCCCUGGGAACCCAUGAGCUACGCCCUAAUGCUACUGGCCAUAGGCGUGAGCAAGCCAUUCUCUGUGACAUUGCCUCAGUGUUCCACCUGUUCAUCACACUAGCGAUGGAGAAUGUCAUCCUGGAGAUGACGAGCCCCAAGGGCCAGCGCAGAUACGCUGACACCUGGCGGAUGAUGGACAAGCCUGACCUGCACGCCUAUGCGGGCCUGCUGAUCCUGGUGGGUAGUAAAGUACAUGCCCAGCAAGCCGGCAAAGUACGGGAUCAAGUCGCCUGCAAUGCUGAGACCAGCUACAUGUGGAAGAUGUGGAAGGAACCAGGGGAUGCGCAUCGUGCUGGAUGUCAUGGGGGGCUGCAGGACUGCACCGUCAUGAGGAACAAAGGUGUGCUGCUCCUGAGCACAGUGCAUGCGUGGGCCGAGGUCAACGGCAAGCGCCACGACAGGAAGCCGGCCGCUGUCCUCAACUACAACUGCACCAAAGGUGGCGUGGACAACCUGGACAAGGUGAUCAGCAUCACCAUGAGCAAAAGGUACACUGCUCAGAAGGCCUUAGAGCUAUUUUUAGCAGAGAGUGAGACAGAUAGUGGAGGUGAAGAAGAGGAUGUCUUGGAAUAUGAGGACAAUACUGAAGAAACUUCUAAAUAUGAGAGUGAAUUUGAGGAUGAUGAGGACUCAGAGCACGCAGCAGAAGAAACUACAGAUCCCACUGCUGGAGGAGCCCCACAGCCAACUACAUCCAAGAAUGGCCAGAUUGAAUGGUUUUCAUCUCCGAUGGGUGAAGCCCCUGUUUCAGCUGCUAACAAAAUAAGGAUGGUACCAGGACCCACACGAAUGGCUGUGACACAUGUUCAUGAUAUAGUGUCAUCAUUUGAACUGCUGAUUCCUCACUCAAUCCAGAAAAUCAUUCUGGACAUGACCAAUCUUGAGGGAAGACAUGUUUUUGGGGAGCAGUGGAAAGAGAUGGACCACAUACAUUUGCGUGCCUACUUUGGGAUCCUCAUGCUUGCGGGUGUCUACAGAUCAAGAGGGGAGUCAACUGAAAGUCUGGGGCAUGCUGAGACAGGGAGAGCGAUUUUUGGAGCCACAAUGUCGCUGGAGAGCUUCCACAUAUUCUCCAGGGUUAUCAGGUUUGAUGAUCAGGAAUCAAGACCUGCUAGGCAGAGGAAGGACAAGUUAGCAGCCAUCCGUACUGUGUGGGACAAGUGGGUGGAAUGGCUUCCAAUUCUCUAUAACCCUGGGCCCAAUGUAAUAGAUGAACGGCUUGUGGGGUUUAGAGGCCGUUGCCCCUUCAGGCAGUAUAUGCCCUCCAAACCGACAAGGUAUGGGAUAAAAAUACGGAUUGCCUGUGAUGCGACAUCAUAUUAUGCAUGGAACAUGCAAAUUUAUACAGGGAAGCCAGAGGGAGGAGCCCCUGAGAAAAACCAGGGGACAUGGGUUAUUCUUGAUUUGACACAGGGCCUCAGUGAGCACAUCAUCACUUGUGAUAAUUUUUUCACUACAUACAGCCUGGGACAGGAACUUCUCAAAAGAAAGCUGACAAUGGUUGGCACAAUUAGAAAAAACAGGACUGAGCUCCCACCUCAGCUUCUAAUUGUAAAGAACAGGCCAGUCCAUUCCUCCACCUUUGUGUUUACGGCCAACACUGCCCUCGUAUUCUACAUACCCAAAAAGGGCAAAAAUGUGAUGCUUAUGAGCAGGGAUGGGAGAAUCAGCAGCCGGGAGGACCACAAGCCAGAGGUCAUACUUGACUACAAUGCCACCAAAAGAGAGGUUGACAACCUUGACAAGCUGCUAUCCUGCUACAGCUGCCAAAGAAGAACAUUACGGUGGCCACUUGUGAUUUUAUUGAACGUCCUAGAUAUUUCGGCAUACAAUGCCUUCGUAAUCUGGAUGGCACUUAACCCGGAAUGGAAACAGAAGAAGCUCCAAAGAACAUGUCUUUUUCUGGAGGAACUAGGCAAGGCACUUGUGACACCGCACACACAGAGGAGACAUGUCCCCAGGAACCCAGCUUCUCUUGCCAUCAUUAGGAGGAUACAGGAGGAUCCCUGCUGUUCCACCUGCAGGACCCACACAACCACAACCUCCAGCAGCCACUGGCAAAAAGAGGAAGCGCUGCGAAGUGUGUGGACCCUCAAAGAACUCCAAGACACAGACCACAUGCGCCAAUUGCAAAAACUGCCUGCCCAGUCGGCCGGCAUGGAGAUCCUGGCUCCUGCUAUGCCUCCCUUCUGGUCAACCCCGCUUAUAAGAACCCAGCUUUCUGGCUACCUCCACAUCAUCCUGCCCGGCUUUGGUGUCAACUCAUCUUCCUUCCUGCACUGGCUCAGCACAUCCGGUUUCAUGGACCAGCCUUCCUUCUCUCGUUCCUGA